AUGGUGAUUGGCUUUGAUAACAAACGCAUGGCCAAUGGCCGUGUUCAAAAUUUUUGUGUUUACUGUCAGUCUGUCAAUUUCUAAUGCAACCGCGAAAGAUUAUUCAUUUAUUGAUUAAACUUUUAAAGUUAACUAUCUGAUAAAUGUGAAGACACGCAAAGGUUUCGAGAACAUUACAUCAAUAUUUAAGAUGUUUAAAAACACUUUUCAGUCUGGAUUUCUGUCAAUCCUUUACAGCAUAGGCAGCAAACCAUUGCAGAUUUGGGAUAAGAAAGUAAGAAAUGGGCACAUAAAACGUAUCACAGACAACGACAUACAGAGCUUAGUGCUAGAAAUAGUCGGGACCAAUGUCAGCACUACGUAUAUAACAUGUCCGGCGGAUCCGAAGAAGACCCUGGGCAUCAAACUACCGUUUUUGGUUAUGAUAAUCAAAAAUCUCAAAAAAUACUUUACCUUUGAAGUUCAGGUUCUUGAUGACAAGAAUGUACGCAGGAGAUUUAGAGCUAGCAACUACCAGUCCACAACUCGGGUCAAACCAUUUAUUUGUACAAUGCCUAUGCGUCUAGAUGAAGGCUGGAAUCAAAUCCAAUUUAACCUUGCAGAUUUUACAAGGAGAGCCUAUGGCACCAAUUAUGUUGAAACAUUAAGGGUACAAAUACAUGCUAACUGCCGCAUUAGAAGGGUCUACUUCUCAGACAGGCUGUAUUCAGAAGAUGAGCUUCCGGCAGAGUUCAAGUUAUUCCUUCCAAUACAAAAUAAGGCGAAAACUGCAGUGGCUACAUAAAGUUGUAGUUAAAACAAUAUAAAUCUAGUAAAUGUAUUUCAUAAGUAUA